AUGUUCAGUAACUCACCCAACUUCAAUCACCACCCACAUCCUCCUGAAAAUGAGGUUGGUGACCACCAACAAGAAAUUCCGAACAAUGACUUUGAUGAUAUUGAUAUAGAGGCUAAAAAAGAGCCAAUUAAAGUUUGUAUAAGGAUACGACCCCUAAAUGCAAAAGAAAAAAAGAGAGGAGAUGAACUUGUUGUUGAUUUUGAUGAUUUUUCAAUUGGAUUUAAUCCUAAAAUUUAUAAAUCAAAAGGGAGUGGUGUUCGAGAAAAAGCAUUCACCUUUGAUUGUUGUUUUGGACCAAACAGUACUCAGGAUGAUGUAUUCUCGGAAAGUGGUUUGACAACCUUAUUAAAAUAUGCAAUUGAUGGUUAUUCAUCAACAAUUUUUGCAUACGGUCAGACUGGCUCUGGAAAAACAUAUACAAUUAUUGGAAAUGAGGAAGAUUCUCCUGGAAUAUUACAGAGAGCAUCAAUGUUUAUUUUUGACUAUAUUGCUCAUAUUACAGCAAAGCAAGAGGAAGCACAAAUUAGUAUUAAAACUAGAGCAUCUUGUUUGGAAAUAUAUCAGGAGACUGUAAAUGAUUUACUGAAUACCAGCUCUAAAAAUUUACCAGUACGAUGGAGCAAUAGAGAUGGUUUUUUUGUUGAAAACUUGUGUGUUGUAGAAGUGGACAAUUUGCAGGAAUUAAUGACAGUUCUUAAUGAAGGAAUUUCAAAUAGAAAAGUAGCUUCACACGAAUUGAAUAAGGAUUCUUCAAGAAGCCAUUCAAUUUUCACAAUACAAUUUGAAGUUACAACUUCAGAUGUAAACGAUGGAUUUGAAUCAAAAAAAUAUGGAUCUAUUAGAUUUGUGGAUUUGGCUGGUUCAGAAAAGUUGAAAGUGUCAAAAUCAAAAUCAGUCUAUGAGACUUCGAGUAUCAACAAGUCUUUAUUAACCCUCGGAAAAGUAAUUAGUGCACUAAGUUCCCCAAAAAAAGAAACCCCUUACGUUCCUUUUAGAGAUAGUAAACUCACGAAAUUGUUGAUGGAUUCCCUAGGUGGGGAGGCAAAAACAAUGAUGAUUGGUUGCAUUACACCAUCUUCUCACUAUGCAGAAGAAACUCAUAGAACAUUGACUUAUGCUAGCCGAGUUAAAAAAAUCAAAAACAUUCCUGUCACAAAAAUUGACCCAAAGGAGAAAUACAUAAUGAAAUUGAAAGAAGAAAUUAAGAGUCUAAGAGAUGAACUAGCAGUUUACAAGACCAAAUCUGUUUCAUCUACUCCUUCAACCAAAGUGAGAACAAUAGUCUCUCGAUCCGACUAUAGAGCAGCAGUAAUAGAAUUUCCAAGAGUUGAAAGAAGAAGGGUUUCAACAAAGCAUCCAGAAGCAGAUCAAGUUUUAUUCGAACCAAAACUUCCAUUUAUUGAAAAGAAAAGAAAGGAUGAUAGAGCAGCUACGGGUUUUACUAAAAUAAUUGAAAGUAAUGAAUCUGGAAGAGAUGAAGAAGAAGAGCAUGAAAAAAGAAAGGAAAUCAAUCAGUCGAUUCAAAGUCUUAAAGGUCUUUUGGAAGAAGAAAGGCAAAUCAAUCUUGAAAAGAUACCUCAAUUAAAAGCCAAAAUUCGUCUCUUGGCAGAAGACAAUAAGAGGUGGAAGAGAAUUGUUAGGAGAAAUAUGGACUUUGACUCUGAGGAAUACGAUAAGAUUAAAUUGGAAAAUAAGAUUUUAAAAAAGUUUUUGGAAGAGAGUGGAAUUCCAAACCCUUUACAAGAUUUGAAAAAUUAUUUACCACCUUCAUUGGAAGAAGAUCAUGAACUAGAUAGUUUAUCUGAUAAGGAUGGAAAGGAAAGCAGAAUUAGCGAUAUUUCUGAUGUUUAUUCAGAUCCUUCUGAAAUGAAUUUGGUUUCCUGCAAGGAUGAAGAAGACUAUUAA